UUAUUGCCGAUUGCGAAGUUAUUGGCAAUGGCAUGUUUAUAUUUGGCUUGUGAGCAAUUUGAGGAAUAUGAAUGUCAAAUAUCAACAUCGAACUAUAUAGGAAGUAUAAUGAGUAUGAAGUCCAAUGUUAUUACACAAUUUAGAUGGAUUGUCACUUUUGUUACUCCUAUUCAGUUCAUCAAAUAUUUCUUGUCAAGAUUCUGCAGAGAUCUUUCAAGAAAAAUGUACGCCAAAUCCAUAACUAUUGAAAUCAUCAUGAGUACACUUGGAGAUGUGAGAUUAAUGAGUCUUAGAGCAUUUAUAGUAGGAGCAGCAGCAACAUUAUUGGCAUCAAGCCCAAAUAUAUUGACACGUGAAAUGAUAAGGGAUGAGAUUAAUGCCUUGCCUCAAAAAUGGCUUAUUCCAAUUGAUGAGGUGUGCUCUUGCUAUGAUCGUUUGCUAGAGACCAAUAAGCACAGACUUGACAUAAGUUGAUAUUUUGGAUUGUAAUUAGCUGUUUUAUGUAAUAUUUUGGACACAUAC